AUGGCAGACCGCUCAGAGCCUGAACGCACCGGAGGGGUUGGAGCCCCCACCCGCCAGCUCAACUAUCUCAAGUGUAUCCAAUGCAGAGUCGACAAGCAAAAGUGCGAACCAAAAGAGCGGGAAUGGCCCGAAAAAUGCAAGCGAUGCAUUUCCAAGGACCUAGAGUGCUCCGAGAACAUGAGCGCCGAGGACCAGCGGGCCCGCGUCCAGCUAAUGGAGGAAGACACGUCGCUGCCGCCGAGGGUAGACCCGCUUCUGGAACAAUUCGCCGAAUUGUCAAUAGACCAUUCCAAUCUCCUACGUUCACACAGGGAGAUGGAGACGGCUGAGAAAGACCUCAGAGCGCUGCAGCUACCGCCCAGUUAUCUUGACCACUUGCAGCCAGCCUUGGACAAGGCCCGGUCUUCCCAGAUCGAGGAGCGGGAUUUCAUCAUUCUCACGUCGGUGAAGAUAAUACAGGCAUCGCCUCCUCAUUCCAUCACCCUAGCUUUGCUCACGUUCAUCGAACUACUGCCGUAUCUAGAAGAGAAGUUGUCUACGGAUACAUCCGACCUCUAUGAUAGCCUGGUAUUCUUGCUUGCCAAAGCAAACGAUGCCGCGACCCCAGGCGCCAGCAUGGCCCGCUUCAUACGUAAAGUCCUUCUCCUUCGCUAUCCCGAGAAGUUCAAUGCCACUGCGGCAGAGCCUAGCGUCAGGACCCCUACGCUUGACGGACAGGGUAAUUACGGGCUUGCCGUAGAUAGGUUCCUCUGUCGCCCGGACCUUCACGUCUUUCUCGAGAGCCAGCCUCCCACAGCCGCUCCCCUGCACUGGGCGGCCAUGACAGGCUGCAGAAGGUUCAUUAAAGAGGUGGAGAGUGACGUCAGUUUCAAUUGCUCUGUGCACGCCAUCGACUCAGGAGGCGAGACACCGCUGUCCCUGGCCGCUUCUACGUAUGCAACGGUCAAAACUCGCACGUAUGUCAUGGACUACCUCGAGGCCCUUUAUCGAAUGUCCCUUGUCGAAAAAUACUGUGAUUGCACAAAGCGACCAGGCUGGACCUUGAUGUAUUAUGCUGCUGCGGGAGGACAUGCCGAGACAGUCCAGGCCAUGAUGUCUGACCGGGCAUUUCCUUUGGGUAGUGCUAGCAAUCUGGGCCGCACCCCGCUUUCCCUGGCCGCUGAGCAUGGGCAUUCGGAUGUGGUUUCGCUCUUGGUGAACAAAGGCGCCGCCCUCGAUGUUAUAGACCAUCAGGAACAGGCCGAGUAUGGGCGCUCUGCUACCAUGCUAUCAACCUCCACAUCUAGGGACGACUCUAAGUUGCCGAGCGGUGCCCUGAAGCGGAAGCAUGGAGAGUCCAGCCUCUCUAUCCGGACCCUUUCUUCCACCAACAGCCAACGGCGUCACGGAAUGGGCCCGCCAGCGAGACCCCUCUCUAGUGCAUCAUCAUUUGCCUCGUACCUAUCCGCUAAACUGGGCCGAGAGCGUCGAAGCUAUGCCUCGAGUCGUAAUGCAAUGUCCAUUUCGUCUGUUCAACAGCUUGAGAGCGAGUACCUCCGGGACUACAGGUGCUGCAACCAGGAUUUGCCGACGUUGGGUGCCCAUCAUCGGGAAAGACGAGAAGCCAUCAUGAAGGUCUCCGCCACCCUCCACGCCGCCGCCCUGCUCUCUGCCUCGGCCUCCUUUGCCGAAGCACAAAGGUUGUCCGAGUGGAUCCCCGGCCAGCUCGUCAACACCACCUCCGGCCCAGUCCUCGGUCAAGCCUCGGCAUGGCAGCCUCUCGUGAGCGAAUACCUCGGCGUCCCCUACGCCCAACCGCCCGUCGGAGCCCUCCGGUUUGCCGCCCCCGCGGCGCUCAAGCGCGAUGCAGCCAACGCCUCCGAGCCCUUUGCCGCCACGGCGUACGGCGCCUCGUGCCCCGUCAACAUCAACAGCACCCCGGGCGCCAAGGUGUCCUAUCGCAGCUUUGCCGAGACGCUGCUCGGGCGCCUCGCCCAGCUGGACGACGUCUUUGACGAGGACUGCUUGAAGAUCAAUGUGUGGACCGCGCCGCAGAUUGGGUGUGAGGGCCAGAAGGGGAAUCGAAAGUCGAAAAAGGCCGUCAUGGUGUGGAUCUACGGUGGUGGGUUCAACAGCGGCAGCUCGACUAAUGCGGGCUACAACGGGGCGAGGUUGGCGGCGGAGCAUGAUGUCGUUGUCGUGAGCAUGAACUACCGGACCAACAUCUUUGGGUUCCCGAGGGCGGACUUUCUUCCCGAUCUUAACUUGGGGUUGUUGGAUCAGAGGCUCGCCGUGGAGUGGGUUCGGGAUAACAUCGAAAAGUUUGGCGGCGACCCGUCUCGCAUCACCCUCUUCGGCCAAUCUGCCGGCGGCGCAUCCGUCGACUACUACACUCUCGCGUGGCUCAAGGAUCCCAUCGCCCACGCCUUCAUCGCGCAGUCCGGCAUGGCGACCGACCAAGUCCCCAGCGCCAACAUUUCCGCGGGGUGGUACACGGCCAGCCAGGCCCUCGGGUGCGGCGGGGUCGACGCGGGCAAGGCGACGCUAGAAUGCAUGCGGGAGAAGCCGUGGCAGGACAUCAUGGCCGCGCUCGAGAAGCGUGGGGUUACCCCGAACCUGGGGCAGGGUGGCUUCGGUCCCACGGUCGAUGAAAAGGUGGUAUUUGCCAACGUGACGGGACGUAGACGGGAGGGGAUGUUCAUCCGUCAGCCCAUGCUCGUCGGAAACACCGGCGAAGAAGCCGCCUUCUACCGCCUCCUCGCCGCCGCCAACGGCCGCAACUCGAGCGGUCCCGAAAUCGACUCGGUCAACCUCAUCCGCUGCGGACCGGGCCCCGUCGCGGCCUCCCGCGUCGCCCAAGGCGUGCCGGCGUGGCGCUACGUCUACGAGGGCGAGUACCCCAACACGGACAUUGGGUUCCCCGGCGCGUGGCACGGUGCCGAGAUUGCCAUGGCGUUCGGCACCAACGAGUUCAUGUCCCGGCGGCAGAGUACGGCGGCGCAGAAGAAGUUGAGCCUUGCCAUGCGGACUGCGUGGACCCAGUUCGCCAAGAAGCCACGUCUGGCCUUGACGGGGCUUGGGUGGCCCGUCUACGCCGAAUCAAAGCGCACAACGAUUCUACUUGGCGGCCCGAAUAGCUCCAGCAUCGCAUUCAAGUCCAACGACGAUUUCACUGUCGGGUGUCCAUCUCGAGCCGGUACCGGACCGUAG